GGCUCUCGCGUAUCGCAUCUCUCCUCUCGUGUACGCACGCACACGCAGCCAACGUGCAUAGCUUCCAGUGCGUCUUCUCGGCUGCAGGGCUCGCUCGCUCGCUCGCUCCCGCACACGAGCAGAAUUUGUUUUUACGCCUCGCAACUCGUAGCUCGCGAGUCGCGAGAGUCAACGCGGCGUCGCCUACACGGAUGUCAAUAUCCAUGCGACACGAAUUUCGAGCUGAUCGAAAGUAAGGGAGAAAGAGGGAAUUUGGGUGCGCGAGUGCGAUACAUGUGCGACUAUGUACGAGUCGUCGACGAGUGUCUCGGUGCAUGUGUGCGCGACUACGAGCUCGUAUAUUCCUCCGCCUUUGCAGAUUAUAUUAUGCGAUGUGCAUAAUCUGCUGCAGUGCCGAUAAGCCGUAUUGCGUGCCAUGAUCUUUGCAGCUCGCCCGUCAGCUGAGCUCCCGCAUCGUUACUCGAGCGAUAACAUUGCAAUAACAAGUUUAGCAGUCGAAGCAGCAGCAGCAGCAGCAGUAGUAGCACGUGCUAUAUAUUUGGAUGAGAUAUAGAGCGGAAUCAGUGGGUUUGGUGCUUGCAGCGAGAAGGAGCAUCUGAGCCAGCAGCUGAGAUGCAGGCGAGCGUAGCGGAAUCGCUGCUACCCGCACUCGCUGUCAGCCGGCUUGACCACGACCGGCCCUACGACGACUCCUGCUCGCAUAAUCGCAAUGGCCAUCGGCGAGACGAUAGCUGCAUCGGCUCGGUCAUCGGCAGCGGCAAAAGCGACACUCCCUACGGAAGCAGCGGCUUGACUUUUGUUAUCGUGCCACAGCGGCUCGCCUCGUCUUAGAUGUCGAUGCGUCGAGUAGCCAGCUACACCAUGUCAUCGAACAAGUGCAAUGAGGUGGACAGUCGAUCUCUGGUGGUCGUUGGCAACGGGACAACAUCGAGCCCAGCGACAGCGGCAUCUUCACCAGUGGUCGUCGUCGGCGGCGGCGGCGGCAAAGCACGCGGUGGCAAGCUAGCUCGCAGGGCGCGCUCCUUCAAGGAGGAUUUCCUGGAGAAGCUGUCGCAAAUGCGCUCGCCGGCAGCCAGCGCUGGAGGCGGCGGCGCGACCUCGAUGGCCAGCCAGUCCAGCGUCAGGACGGCUUCGCCCUCGUCGAUCAGAGCAGCCACUCGCUCGGACUCGAGCGAUCGUCAGCAACAAAAGCAGCAGCAGCAGCAGCAGCUGCAGAAACAGCCGAGCGAAGAUAAGAGCCCUCUGAAGGAUUUGCACGUGCACGUUCGGCAGGUUCAGUUGGCUCUCAAUCAUCUACGAGAUGUAGUUUCAAAGAACAAGUUGGAAAUGUUACCGGGUAACGGAACGGUAGUGUUGGAUACGGUCACGACCAUACAUACACAGCUCAAGUCUUAUUUGCUACACGAAAACAGCUCAAUCCUUGACUCGGCCACGAAUCAAGUCUAUCAAGCGUUAGCGCAAUUAUUGAAACUCUGCGACGACGUGCUGUUGUACGGUGAUCAGUCGUCGGCUCUCGACACAGCCAAUGUUACGCAUGUCAUAGGUCUCGUUGAAGAUGCCGUUAAAAAUCUCAUCGAGCAUGCUCAAGAAAAAAUCUCGAACAAACAAAAGCCGGCCAGCAACAGAACGUCCGGUUACGCUUCGGAGUUAACACCGCAACGGAAUUCUCUGCCGGACAUACCGCUGACGCCACGAGAGCGACAGCUCCUCGAGCAGUCCGCGGCGUCGAGCGCGUUGGUGCGAGCAUCCCACAGCUCCGAGUCCAUCCUGCAGGAUUCUAGUCCGCCAAAGCCCUCAAAGUCUGACAGGAGCAUAACUCGCACAGAAGACAAUAAGACUUCGCCAAGCGCCACCCCACCACCUCUGCCCCCGAAACGUCGGGCUCGUCCUCAACAACAGCAACAUCAGCAGCAAUCGCAUCAUCCACCACUAGUCCAUCAAGACGAAGUGACAGUAUCAGUACCAAGUGGAGGUAGCAUCGGUCGCGGCCACGACAGAUGCUCAUUGCGAAGUCGAUCGCCCGAAGACACGUCCUCGUUGCUUAGCGCUUCGGCCGGAAGUCUCGAUUCGGCCUUCAAUCAGUCGCGCGACGAAGACGAGAUCCGGGCCAUCAUGGGCCCCGGUGAGGAAAGCACGACUGAUGGUAUUGAUCUCAGUCUUAUGGCUACCUUCCCUGGCAUGCAAGUAAACGGAAGCAAUUCACACUGCGGCUGCUGGGAGGGUUUGGAAGCGAGUCUGCCGAGCUCGAUGAUGCUGGGUCAGCAUCAGACCUCUCAGGAGCUGAUCGGUCAGUUUACUGGUUUAGAAGGCAAAAUGGAGCGACUGUCGACGCAAACGCAGGAGUCGGGCUUCGUGUCGAUGCACUCGCAAAGGUCGUCUUCGCAAAGCUAUACCGCCGCAUCGUCGACGAAUCUCGUGACCAAACGAUCGUCUCAACAGAGUCUCAGCUAUAACAGCAGUAACUCGCAACAACAGCAGCAGCAGCAACAGCAUCAACAUCAGCAAAGACUAUCCAGCGAAACCAACGGAUCUAGCUUCAGCCACAGGACGAGCACGACCAGCAGUAGUAGCGUCACGAGCUCAAGGAGUUUGCACAGCACAAUGAAUUUGAGCAACGAUCCGGCUUUUAUGGAAAAAUUGGUAUAUGAAAUCGAAUCACUGACCAGCUCGGAUGGUAAUGGUAUCCCGCCGGCUUUACCAGAAAAGCGUUCGAAACGUCGAAAGGAUCGAUUUCCCUCGCAGUACGAUAAUGUGCCAGAAAACGAACACUUGUCGACCUGCAGUAUGCACACGAGCAAUGGUAGCAGUCCGGUCGACAAUAACAGACCUCCACCAUUACCCAUGAAAAAACGCCACAUGUUCCAAUCUGUGGCAUAUUCCGUAAUGGCAUACAUGGAGAUGUUCGGAAACUGCUCGCACAAUGAUUUUGGCAACGAGUUUAUCCCGGGUCUUGGCUCGAGACAUUCGAUGGCCGCUUACAACUCCAUGCAGUCUGAAUGGCAGCAGCACGAAAUGUCACUCACGACCCAGUCUUGCUCUUUCAUGAGCCACACUAUGUCUAGCCUACAACAUGAUACUUCGAGCCACAGCAGUUUUAGCAGUAUUAGUCGAGAUUUAAUGAAUGAUUCGAGUGUACCACCUGCAUUACCACCAAAACGAUCGCGAUCCGUAAAAGCUGCCUCGUCGUCGACGGCAUCGAUCUCGACACCGCCUCCCGUGUCGCCAAGAUUAAAAAGCACCAGCAGAGUUGAAUCCAAUGCAUCCAAUGUGUUGGCUGCUGCUGCUUCUGCUGCUGCUACUGCAGCACCACCAACCGUAGUGACUCAAAGUAUUCGCGUGGACCCAGUUAGCCCCAUGACUUGUGCUAAGAAAGUUGAAGAUCAUGCUGUAAUAUUGAGGGAUAAAAAACCGGAUGGACCAUCGCCGAACAACACAAUCUUAUUGAACAACAAUUUGGUCCGGGAAACAUCACCAAAGCCAGCGAGCAAAGCUCCUUCGAGUAUAUCCAUUGACGAUAAUUGCUCGCUGGAACUUCGAGACGUUGAUCAGGACGAUAGCAUUCUAGAUGAAUUAGAGAUAAAUCAGUAUUUGGUACUGAAAAAGCCGGAAGAAGAUGGACCCGAUAUUCGUGGUGGUCAUCCUGACGCAUUGCUCGUACACGCGACCAAAGCCAAUAAACACGACGAAAAAGAAUCAGAUUUCCUGUAUCAGGAAGCUUUCUUGACAACCUACAGAACAUUCAUGUCUCCACUGGAGCUGAUCAAGAAAUUGCACAAACGGCAUCAGCGAUUUUCUUGUUCCCCUGAUGUAGUUAAACAACGAGCUGCUAGGGAAGCCUUUUCUCUGCUGGUCAGAGUUGUUAGCGAUUUAACUAUAUCAGAUCUGGACGAGACACUCAUGCAAACGUUAAUGGAAUUCGUGCAGCAGCUGGUUUGCAGCGGCGAUUUGACUAUGGCAAAAGCGCUGCGCGUAAAAAUCCUAGAAAAACACGCUUGCAAACAGCAACAAUUCACUCAGCCGAUUCUCUCGUCUCUGAGCGUCACGACUAAGCAAGCAUCCCUGCUCGACUUCAAAAGCGAGCAGAUAGCUGAGCAAAUGACUCUACUGGAUGCUGAACUUUUCAUGAAAAUCGAGAUACCCGAAGUAUUGAUCUGGGCCCAAGAGCAAAACGAGGAGCGAAGUCCGAAUCUCACUCGUUUCACUGAGCACUUCAAUAAGAUGUCUUACUGGGCGAGAUCUCGUAUUCUAGAACAUAGAAUGGAAAACGAAGCAAAAGAUCGGGAAAAGUACGUCGUCAAGUUCAUCAAAAUAAUGAAGCACUUGAGAAAAAUCAACAAUUUCAACAGUUAUCUCGCGCUACUCUCGGCCUUAGAUAGUGCGCCAAUUCGACGAUUGGAAUGGCAAAAGCACAUAACAGAAGGUCUUAAGGAAUACUGUGCAUUGAUUGACAGCUCUAGCAGUUUUCGGGCAUAUAGACAGGCUUUGGCAGAAACGCACCCACCUUGUAUACCUUAUAUUGGUCUAGUUUUACAAGACCUGACAUUUGUACAUAUUGGUAAUAAUGAUUUGUUAGCCGAUGGUAGCAUCAACUUUUCCAAAAGAUGGCAGCAAUUCAAUAUUGUUGAAAAUAUGAAGCGAUUCAAAAAGGGGACGUACAAUUUUAAAAAGAACGAACGCAUAAUAACGUUCUUUAAUAACUUUAGUGAUUUUUUGUGCGAAGAAGCUAUGUGGCAGAUAUCCGAGAGUAUAAAGCCGCGAGGGGGCAAAAAAACACAAAUCCAAAGUUAAAGAAGAAAAAAAUGUACAUUUGCCCACACGCACACAUGCAGAACCUUUUCUUUCACUGCUUGCACAUCGAAUAUUAUUCAAGAGUAAAACUGAUAAAUAACAAUAAUAGUAGUAAUGAAUACCGUGCAUGCAAACGUGAAUUACGGCUGAAAUAUUUAUUUGUGGCUCGUGCAAAAUUACUCUUUCAUCAUUCAAUAAUCCCUCGUGCUUUCCUGUUCAAUUAUAUUCAUAAAGGUGUUCUUGUUUAGUAUUAAAAUAAUGAGCAAAUUGCUGACAAAAAGAGGGUGAGAACAAAAGGAAGCAAGUAUAAAAAAUAUAAAUAUAUAUAGAUAUCAAUAUUGUGAAAUGUGAUCAAACAACCUCCGUGAGGUGUAUCAAAUAUAUUAAGUGAUUUGUAUUUAACCUUGUACAUACGUACAUAUACAGCACAUACGUAUAUUAAGUUUAAGGCAAUUAGGAGUUUGCUAAUGCAAAAAGAGAAAUUCGCAAUAGAUACAAAAACGAGAUUUAAAAUAGUAGCAAAUGUCUAAUAACAUUUUAAAAUAAUGACUUCUUGUGUUGUGAUAUAUAAACAUAUAAUAUUUUAGUCAAGACUCUUUUGAUGUAGUAAAUAAUAACAAAAGGUGAUCGAAACGCCGAAACAAGUUAAUAACGUCAAUCUCCCUCAAUAAUGAAUGCUUAGGUGAUAAAAUUUAAUUUUUAGAUAAAAAAUUAUUUUAAGCAAGUGCUUUUUAGACUAAUCUUCUGGCAAUUAUUGAAUUAUUGCAAGUAAUGAAAAGAAGUGAUUUUUUACUGUCAGCAUUUGUAUGACUGCUUUUAUGAUAUGUUGUUAGUAUUAUUGUUGUUAUUCUCAUAAUAGGAUAUAAUUUUUUUGAGCUUUACAUGUGCAACUUGAUUGCACCUAAUACUAAAAGCGAAAUGCAAUAAUACAUAUAAGUAUUUAUACUACCGCUAUAAACAGUCAAAUGUAUAUUUCAUAAUGAUGAUUCAUAUAUAAUUAAAUGAACAUUUAUUAAUUCA